GGAGGGCGCGUCGGGGCGGCCAUGAGCUCCAAGCCGGUGCAAGGGCUGCCCCUCGUGCCGGGCUCCUCGUUCCGGGACCCCACGAAAACUGCUUUCCAUCGCUCUCAGACUCUGAGUUACAAGAAUGGAUUUGCCUUCAAGCGGCUGCCGACGGUAGGGAUUGGAAGAGAGCGGCUUCACGUCAACCAGCUGUCCCAGGCUGAAUUAGAUGAGCUCUCCAACAAAAGACCCACCCUCACCUAUGGCCAGCCCAAACAAGCCCCGCCUUCGGACUUCAUCCCAGCACAUGUGGCUUUCGACAAAAAGGUGCUGAAGUUCAGCGGUUACUUCCAAGAAGACGUCCCCGUCUCCACCGAAGAGCAUUUCCGCAUCCGGCGAGUGGACAUGUAUUACUACCUCGAAGACGACUCCAUGUCGGUCAUGGAGCCCAUCGUGGAGAACUCGGGGAUCCCUCAGGGCAAGUUCAUCAAGCGGCAGCGCCUGCCCAAGAACGACCGCGGGGACCAUUAUCACUGGAAGGACCUCAACCGGGGCAUCAACAUCACCAUCUACGGCAAGACCUUCCGGAUAGUCGAUUGCGAUCCGUUCACGCAGACGUUCCUGGAGAGCCAAGGGAUUGAGCUGAACCCCCCGGAGAAGAUGAUUUUCGACCCUUACACGGAGUUGCGCAAAAUGCCUCUGCGCAUGUACGUCACGCCCUCGGAUUUUGACCAGCUGAAACAGUUCCUGGCCUUUGACAAAAAGGUCCUUCGUUUCUAUGCCGUAUGGGAUGACACCGUAAACAUGUUUGGCGAGUCCCGGCGUUUCAUCAUUCACUACUAUUUGGCGGACGACACCGUGGAGGUGCGGGAAUGCCAUGAAAGGAAUGAUGGCAGAGACCCUUUCCCUGUACUGAUAAGACGCCAACGACUGCCCAAGAAAACCGUGGAGAGAAAAGACACCUUCCCGACUUGUGUGCUGGAGGUCUCCGAUCACGAAGUCCUGGAAUGGUUCACAGCGAAAGAUUUUGCGGUGGGCGAGUCCACCACCCUUCUCGGGCGCUCUUUCUUCAUCUACGACUGUGACGAGUUCACUCGGAAGUUCUACCGGGACAAGUUCGGCAUCGAUAACUUCCAGCCGGUCGAUAUAAAGAAGCCGCCCCCGGAGGAAGUGAAACAGAUAAUCCCUCCUUACAACGGUUAUGGCUUCAUUGAAGACUCUCUCCAGAACUGCUUCAACCUGAUUCCAAACCCUCCGAAGAAGAAUGUCAUCAAGAUGCUGGAGAACGACCGUAAAGUGUUGCGCUACGCGGUCACGAUGGAGUCUCCAAAUCCGGAGGACAGAAAGCGUCGCUUCGUCCUCUCCUAUUACCUCGCCACAGACAUGAUGAGCAUCUACGAGCCUCCCGUGCGCAAUUCGGGGAUCAUCGCGGGCAAAUACCUGAACAAGACGAGAGUCCCCAAGCCCGGCUCCUCCUCAGACAACCCCGUUUACUAUGAACCAGCUGAUCUCACUGUUGGAGCCACGGUGGAAGUGUUUAGCCACCGUUUUGUGAUCACCGACGCUGAUAUGUACGUCCUGAAUUACAUGGAAAGCAAUCCGGAGAGUUUCCCGGCGGCCGUCAUACAGUCGAUGAGGAAUCACUUCGCACCUCGACAGGCGGCAACGGAGGCAGUACAGAGGCUGGAGCAAAGUGCGCCUGACCAGCAGGAGCUGGAGACGGUGGUGGCCCAGACCCAGGAGCACCUGCAGCGCCACAACUACCUCCCGGACGGCGAGAUGCAGGCAGCGUUCCUGGAGCGGGACAGAGACGGCUCAGGACUCCUGGACAAGGCGGACUUCUUGGAUCUCUGUGACCGCUUCAAAGUCCCGGUCGACGACCCGCUUUUCCAGAAGCUCAUCUGCCUUUGUGCCCAUGGAGAAAACCAGAUAAAAUAUCCCAGCUUUCUCCGAGCCUUCCAGUGA